AUGAAUUCCUUGAUUUCCAGCGAAUUGCUUGCAAUCCCACUUCUAUCAAUCAAAAUAACAGGCAGCGCCAGUAACAGCAGUGACGCCGGCAGUAACGACGAUGAGAUCCCGGCGCCGGCAGCACCCCAACCUUUCGUCCACUAUGGGAUUCCCAAAACACCCUCAUCCUUCGCCUACCACCACCCACUAUCCACCGUCACCGGCCACACAGAAUCCGUUUCUUGCCUUGCGUUAUGUGGAGAAUUCAUCCUCAGUGCAUCUCAUGCUAAAGAAAUCAUGGUUUGGCAACAACCCGAUCUCCGUCUGUUCACCAAGUUCGGCCAUGGACGUGGCUCCGUCAAGGCCAUCGUUACCGUCGGAAGCAAAAUCUUUACAGCCCAUCAAGAUUCCAAGAUUAGGGUUUGGAAGGUUUCAAGAAGCCUUGAAAACAUCUUCAAACUCGUUGAAACUCUUCCAACCACAAAAGAUUAUCUUGGUAAGUUCAUGAACCACACUAACUACAUCCAAACACGACGCCAUCACCGACGUUUAUGGAUCGAACACACCGACACCAUUUCAUGUUUAUCGAUUCAUAACGACCUAAUCUACUCUGGUUCUUGGGAUAGAACCAUAAAGAUCUGGAGACUAUCAGACUACAAAUGUUUAGAAUCGAUCAAAGCCCACGACGACGCCAUUAACGCUUUGACAACCAGCAAAGGAACCGUCCUCUCCGCCUCUGCAGAUGGCAAGAUCAAGGCAUGGGAGAGACGACAACGACGACCAGAAGGUUCACAUGUCUUAAAGUUCAUUCUUGAAGGACACAAAGACAUAUCCGUAAACUCAGUGGUGGUUUCCGGCGACGGCACGGUGGUUUACGGUUGUGGGUCGGAUGGUUAUGUGAUGGGGUGGUCAUCGGAUGAUAAUUGGAAGAAGGUGUUUGAAGUGCAAGCACAUAAAAUGGCGGUUUUGUGCAUGUGUAUGAAAGGGGAGAUUCUGUGCACAGGUUCAACCGAUCACAGUAUUGGAGUAUGGAAGAAGGAAGUCAAAGGGUUGACUAAAAUUGGUGUGAUGUUGGGUCAUGAAGGACCAAUCAAAUGUUUACAAGUGUCACCAAGUAGUAUUGGUGGUGGGUUUUUGGUGUAUAGUGGCAGUCUUGAUAAGAGUAUUAGGGUUUGGUGGGUUCCACAGUAUUCUGGUAGGACAAAAGUAGAGGAUUUUAACUCUCCAGUUAAAAUCACAAAGGCAAUCACUACUCCCAUUUUAUUCUAG